UGUUUGUAACAUAAUUAGACUCACAAAACCAUGUCCAAGAAGAUACUCCAAAUACAAGUAUAAUAGCAAUACAAGUAGGUACUGGAGAGAGAUCAAGCUAUAGUCAAACAUGGCAGAUAACCAGAGAAUCCAUCCAUCUCAAGAUCCUGAGGCCCCUUUGGUGCCGAAAGGAGCCUCCAACUCCGAAAAAGGCGAUCAGGCAUCGGCGUCGGCGUCGGCGCCGCCUUACCCUCCUUUCCAGCGAACCAUUCCGUUGACGCAAUCAAACCCGCCGAAGAAGCGAAGAAGCUGCCUCUGCAAGUGCCUCUGCUGGACUUUCCUCGUCAUUCUCAUACUGAUCAUCGUCAUCGCCGCCACCGUAGGCAUCCUAUACCUGGUUUUCCGCCCCAAGCUGCCGAAAUACUCCAUCGACGACCUGCAGGUGACGCAGUUCAACCUCAGCAGCAACGACAGCCUGUCGGCGACCUUCGACGUGACGAUCACCGCGCGCAAUCCGAACAAGAAGAUCGGGAUAUAUUACGAGGGGGGAAGCCGGAUAAGAGUGUAUUACAACGGGACGAGGCUGUGCCAGGGAGCGCUGCCCAAGUUCUACCAGGGACACCGCAACACGACGCGGCUGGUGGUGCCGGUGACGGGGCAGACGGCGAACGCGACGGGGCUUAUCAACGAUCUUCAGGCCGAGCGGCAGCAGACUGGCUACGUUCCGCUUGCUUUGCGGGUCAAACAACCCGUCAGGAUUAAGCUGGGAAGGCUUAAGCUUUUCAAGAUCAAGUUCUACGUUAAAUGUAGCCUCAACGUUGAUAGUCUUGAGGCUAAUAACGAUAUUAAGAUUCGAAAUAGUAGCUGUAAGUUCAGGUUAUGGCUAUAAACAUAUAUAUAUAUAUAUAUAUAUAUGCACACACACUAGUACUAUAUAUUAUCACAUAUAUUCAUGAUGCAUUUAUUAUUGAUUUUUUUUUCCUUGUUAUUUAGAAGUUGCGGAUGAUCAAUUAUAUACAUAUGGGGGGGUUUUUGUAUUAUCCCUUAUUUAUAAA